ACCAAACACCUUGCGCUCUUGCUGCCUGCUGCCUGCGGCUGCCCGCCAGCACUCUCUCAGCCAAACCGCCAGGGCGCGGCUUCCAGUGCGCAGUUGCAACUGCCGUAGGUGAGAACCCUCUCACCCGCUCACGCGCUGUUAGGUUGCCUGGAGUAUCGCCACGAUAUCCACACCUAGCGACACUGAUAGGCGUGAAAGCUUCAUGCCCAACCAUUGGCAGCCUGGGAUGCGGUAACCUGCUGAUGCGCUGGUGAUGCAUGUACAUGUACAUAUUGCCUGGAGCUUGGUUAAUGGCGCGUGGGCUGAGACCCAGUCUCGGGGCCAACGCAUGGGAUGGAUGCGAAUGGGGCGCGACUCGCGAGAACUGCAUCAGUGCAUGUGUACUGGCAGUGCCGCGAUAGAAUGCUAAUACAUAAGUAGGCCAGCAGAUUCGCGAUCAAGUCGGCCGGGUGUUGAGUGCCUACGUUCGUUGUGCGAAUGCAGCUCCAGCAGAAGGCUCUGCGUCUGCAGUCGACAUUUCCUACCCGGGUUUCUCGAGUUGCCCUGGUCCCCAAGGCCGUCGCUGCUCCCGAGAAGGCUGCUGUUAAGAUGAACAUCGCCACCGAUGUCACCGAGCUGAUUGGCAAGACCCCUAUGGUCUACCUGAACAAGGUGGCCACGGGCACGCACGCCAAGAUCGCCGCCAAGCUGGAGAUCAUGGAGCCCUGCUGCUCCGUUAAGGACAGGAUCGGCUACAGCAUGAUCUCGAGCGCGGAGAAGGAGGGCCUCAUCACCCCGGGCAAGACUGUCCUGGUGGAGCCCACCUCGGGUAACACCGGCAUCGGUCUGGCCUUCAUCGCCGCCGCCCGCGGCUACAAGCUCAUCCUGACCAUGCCCGCCUCCAUGUCCCUGGAGCGCCGCAUCCUGCUGCGUGCCUUCGGCGCCGAGCUGGUGCUGACUGACCCCGCCAAGGGCAUGAAGGGCGCCGUGGCCAAGGCCGAGGAGAUCCUGGCCUCCACGCCGGACGCCUUCAUGCUGCAGCAGUUCCAGAACCCCAACAACCCCAAGGUGCACUACGAGACCACCGGCCCCGAGAUCUGGAGCGCCACCGACGGCAAGGUCGACAUCCUGGUGUCGGGCGUGGGCACCGGCGGCACCAUCACCGGCACCGGCCGCUACCUGCGCGAGAAGAAGUCGGACGUGCAGCUGGUGGCUGUGGAGCCGGCCGAGAGCCCCGUGCUCAGCGGCGGCAAGCCCGGCCCCCACAAGAUCCAGGGCAUCGGCGCCGGCUUUGUGCCCGCGGUGCUGGACACCGCGCUGAUCAGCGAGGUGGUGCAGGUGUCCAGUGACGACGCCAUCGACAUGGCUCGCCGCCUGGCGCUGGAGGAGGGCCUCAUGGUGGGCAUCAGCUCGGGCGCCGCGGUGCAGGCCGCCAUCAAGGUGGCCAGCCGCCCCGAGAACGAGGGCAAGCUGGUGGUGGUGGUGCUGCCCUCGUUCGGCGAGCGCUACCUGUCGUCGGUGCUGUUCCAGCAGCUGCGCGACGAGGCGUCCAAGAUGACCUUCGAGCCCUCCGCCUGAAGCGGGACGCGGACGCAACUGGACGACAGCAGCAGCGCACCCGCGGCGCGCGGAUUGGCCGCCGCAGGAUGCGGGCACGAGGUGCUUCAUUUAUGCCCAGGCCCUCCUGGAAGCUGAAUCAGCGCUAAUAAGCAGGAUGCUGUGAUAGCGUUUUAACAACCUAUGGCUGGCUGCAAGCAAACACGCGGUGCAUCAUGAGUCGGAAUGACGGCAUGCGUGUUGGAAGCCGAUGCAGGGGGACUACUAAUGGGUGGGGUGGGGGGAGGCUGUGGGUCGCGCUCCUCAAUUGAGAGGCUAUACUCGCGGUGUAGACCAAACUGUAAUAACCCCGGUUU